AUGCAGCGGGAACUGCAGUGCCUGUGUGACUGUUACGUGAAGACUUUGUGCCAGGAACUGUUGGUCCAGGUGUGUGACCUUCUGAGGCUGAAGGAUUGUCACCUGUUUGGUCUCAGCGUCAUUCAGAAUAAUGAACACAUCUAUAUGGAGCUGGAUCAGAAACUGUCCAAGUACUGUCCCAAAGAAUGGAAGCGAGAAGCCAGCAAGGGAAUCGACCAGUUUGGUCCUCCUAUGAUCAUUCACUUCAGAGCCCAGUAUUACGUGGAGAACGGAAGAUUAAUCAGUGACCGUGUAGCCAGGUACUACUACUACUGGCACCUGAGGAAACAGGUGCUGCUCUCUCAGUGUAUCCAGAGAGAGGAGGCCUACUUCCUCCUGGCAGCGUUCGCCCUGCAGGCCGACCUCGGCAACUUCAAGCGCAACAAGCACUUUGGGAAGUACUUUGAACCGGAAGCCUACUUCCCUCCGUGGGUGAUCACUAAACGUGGUCGUGAGUACAUCCUGAGGCACAUCCCGAACAUGCACAAGGACCAGUUUGCUCUCACAGCUUCAGAGGCUCACCUCAAAUACAUCAAGGAGUGUGCACAGCUCGAUGAUGUCACUGUCCACUACUACAGGCUCUACAAGGACAAGAAAGAAGUAGAGGCGUCUCUCACGUUAGGACUGACUUUACGUGGAAUUCAAAUAUUCCAGAACGUCGGCUCAGUGAGGCAGCUGCUGUACGACUUCCCCUGGACCAACGUGGGCAAACUGGUCUUCGUGGGGAAGAAGUUCGAAAUCCUCCCCGACGGACUCCCCUCGGCCCGCAAACUCAUCUACUACACGGGUUGUCCGAUACGCUCCCGCCACCUCCUGCAGCUGCUCAGCAACAGCCACCGGCUCUACAUGAACCUGCAGCCUGUUCUCAAACAAGUCCGUCGACUGGAAGAAAACGAAGAGAAGAAACAGUACAGGGAGUCGUACAUCAGCGAUGCCCUGGAACUGGACAUGGACCACCUGGACAAGCGUUCCCGGGCCAGCGGCAGCAGCGCGGGGAGCAUGUCCCAUCACAAGCGCCUGUCCCGUCACUCCACCACCAGCCACGGCAGCUCGCACACCUCGGGCAUUGAGACGGACAGCUUCAGGGCCCCGGGUCAGGCGCCGCACAGGCCGCUGCGAACCUGCAGCUCGUCCACGACCAGCCACGGGAGCUCGCACACGUCCGGCAUCGAGAGCAGCGGCAAGGAGCGAAUACUGGACGAUGACGAGAUUGAGAUGCUGGUGGACGACCCCAAAGAUUAUGAGGAGCUGCAUGAGAUGGCUCUGGACCAGGAGCUGUGUAUCCACAUCACUGAGGACAUGCUGACAAUGUCUCCUGAUCAGACAAAUGGAUUCUCUGGACUGAUAGUGAAAGACGUCAGCUCCUCCACAUCCAGCUCCUCUGAGACCGUGGUCAAGAUGAGAGGACAGAGCAUCGAGUCUCUGCCGCAGACGUCUGCAUGCAGGAAGCCCGACUCCUCCACCGACCGGCACAGCCAGUCUCUCGACGACAUCCGUCUCUACCAGAAGGACUGCCUGCAGUGGGCGGAGCUGUGCCAGGACACCGCCCACAGCUACACGUUCGGCUGCGCUCAGGAGCUGAGCGACAGCGGCGGCUACCAGGGCCUGGCCGACCAGCGCGGCGGCAUGCUCGGCGACCAGCACCCGUUCCCCAUCAAGAGAACCAACAAGUACUUCUCCCUGGACCUGACCAACGACGAGGUCCCCGAGUUUGUGGUGUGACGGAGACGCAGACGCGGCAACCUUACGGUGACCUUUUGUCACCUCUGUGUCAGAUGUGGAGAUUUUUUCAGCCCUCAGGGAACGAGACUGCAGAGGAGCGAUGGAUGGGGGGGAGAUGAGUGAACUGGCAACGUCUUCAGUUGCCACUUUGGCCGAAUGACACAGAUUCUGACUGAAUUAGUCAUUUGAACAUGGGCUCCAGAGGAACCUGUGUCUACUUUAAACUAAAACCAAACGCUGCUCCUCCUGUGUGAAAGGAAACAUUAAAAAGGGAUCUCGUCAUGUGCUUGUAAAAACGUUUUUAUUCAGAUUUGUCUCCUCCAAAACUGCUAUGUCAGCUUUAAAAAAAAAUAAAAUAAAAAAGGACUCAUGAGCAGACACAUGAUGAGCACAUCAAGGAUUCUGUAGAGGACACAAAGGACAAAAAAAUCACUCCUGAGCUACGAACCAAAGACAAGAAAUGACGUGUCUCGGAAGUCCAUGUUGUUCUUGAGAUGUGCGGCCGUGAGGAAGACAUUUCACGGUGCGAGGGAAGUUGGACCCAUAAUCCUUUGAGGGGAGGGAGCGCUCCUCUCCGAUGCUACUUCAUUUGAUCUCAACAGGAAGUGCAGCGUGCCAGCCCCUCCCUUCUCUCCGAGUGAAAUCUUAGGCUCAGUCCCGCUUCAACCCUCGUCCCGACCACUCAGCACCGCCCCUCUGUUCAGCGCGUUCACAUUUCCCGCACAUGUCCUGAUUGCAACGGCUAACUAACCCUUCAAAGUUCCAAUGCAGGGCCAUGCCAUUUUUCCCUAGAAUAACCAAAUCCAAGGAAGCUAAUGGUGCGUUCCAGUCGGAAUUUCCCAGUUGAGGUUACGUUUUCUUAAUUGUUUGACGUGAACUCAGUCAGCACUGUUUGUGUUUGCGAAAAACCAUGUAGAUCGUCGCUGACGGCCGCUAUCCUUGUUUCUUCUCAAACGUGGAACGCCGGUGAACUCAUUCCCAGCUCGGACUUCUGAUUGUGAAUGGAACGCACCCAGAAGCGUCAACGCCAGUUUGCCGGUUGUAUAGCUAAGCUAACCCCCAACGAAUCGCGUUUGCGGCCUCUUGUACAUACGUUGAGGAAGUGUAUUUUUUUGGACAUGUGUCUUCGUUGCUUUAAGACCGAGUGGCACAAGAAUCGGAAUUCUCGUUUUGAAGCCUUCCCAGUGCCGUGUCGAGGUUCUGCAACCAGAGGCAGUUCAGAGGCAUCACCUGCUGCCAGGCUCGUCUUGGACAACCACAAGUGUCCACUCGUACUUAAUUGUCCAUUUCCGUUAAAUGGGACCAAUUUUUACUAAAUUGACGACAUGCUAUAUCUAAGAAGACGUGAAACUAGGGUGUGAUAAAACUUGUUUACUGAUGUGGUAAAAGAAGGGAGAAGUUGCAUCGUUUUUCACGAUUCAAACAGCCCCCUGGUGGCUAUUCAGUAUAUUGCUACUUUUGUGUUGGCUUCAGUGAGGAGACAAGAGGACCACGUCCAUUUUUUUUUUUUAUGUGCGGUAAAUGCUUCAGACAAGUCCAUGAUAGCAAUGUGUCACGCUUGUUUACUUGUCGCGUUCUUGUGGGAGUGUCCCAUUUCGUAGGGAUUUUAACUACGACCCCUUGUGGCUCAGUUCCGAGGGGUAAGGGGUAAAAAAUGAGAAAUGAGAUUGGACCUAAUAAUGUGAAGACACACUCGACGUGCCUUCAUCCCUCUAUGCAGGUGUCAAGCCCCACCCCCCUCGCCUUGACAAUCAGUCGCCCCCACUUCAACCUAAAAGAUCUCAGAACAUUGUCGACGCAUCGUUUUCCAGCAAAAAAAAAAAAAAAGUCUCACGUUCUACGAAAAUCCCACUGAGUUCCUUCGGGAGGAAUGAGGUCGGGUUAGUUCCUACGUGUCCAGACUCGAGAUGAGUUUGCGGCCGUCUGUAAUCCAGACUCAAGAUGGAGCCCGACCUGUUCUGGCCGCCAGCCAAAGCAAAGCGUUUAUUUUGAUGCGUGCGUUUGUCUUUCUCAGAGUCUUGUUACGUCUCAGUUCCAUUUCAAACUGGAACUUGUUACAUUUUCUUCCCUCUCUCUCUCUCUCUCUCGUUUGUUUUUGUUUUUUAAACCUGAAAUCUUUCCAUGUUGUAUUUUUGUAUGAACUGAUUUGGUUGGUUGAUGUCAUUCAGUAUUACAUUCAAAUCCACGUGACAGUAUUACGAGGUUCGUGGCUCUGAACAAGACAGACUGGUUUCAUUAUGUUUUUUAUCUUACAGUGAGAUUAAAAAGGGAGUACAGUAGCCUGUGGUCCCUCACAGGCUGUUUCAAACUCCUAUUUGCUCAUAUUUCACCACUCAGCUGGUGUGACUGAGGUUGCUGGAGGUUAAAACAGCAAACAAAAUGUUUUUAACUCAUAAAGUAUGCAGCUGUCGCUCAACGUGCCACAAUUAUAGCUUUAAAAUGCAGCCAUAAUGUUUUUUUUUAACCUUCUCUGGGGUGAAAACACUAAAGAUUUGUUUUAAAACACUGUUGAAUUUGCACCAUAACAUCAUGAAAACAGAAUAACUUUAAAGAUUGAUUGUCGACAAUGUGAUCCUUUUAAGUUAUUUUUUAAUGUUGACAAAGAAUUAUUUUGGGAAAUAACUUUUUUGCUUCUUUUGUCCGAUACAAGUCCACAUGGUCACUGCACCUCACGCUUACGUUAUGGUCACAUGACAUCUUUUACAGCCUGUGCUGAAUUAGGAUUUUACGCUUCCCUUCGACCGAUGUCCGGUUCUUUUGACGAGUAUCGGACCGAUACUGACACUGAAAAAUCAUAUCAGCUCAUCCUUAGUGGUACGGUAUCGUCACAUGAAUUUACAGACAGAGAAGCAAAUGAGUGCAUUUCACAAAACACUUCAAAAACGACAAAAAUGAAGUGUUGAAUACAGAGUCAAACAUCAGCUACUUUAAUUUGUGUGUCACUAAAGUAAGCCUGCAACGGUUAUUUUCAUAUUCCAUUAUUUUUUACUUAUUUGAUCCAAACCUGGAAAUGAAACCAAAACCAAAAUUAAUGAUUUCUUUGUUAUAUGGAGCAAAGAAACCACCUUUAAGAAGCUAAAAGCAUUCAGGAAGCUUGUUUUGAUUAUUGAAAACACAUAGUUAAAUAGUUAGUAUUGAAAAUAAUCGUUACAGUCCUACGCAGAGGUGAACCGUACGUGUAACAGCCUAAAAGCUGGUGGCUGUGAGUUUCCAAAGUCAUGUACGAUGUAUUUAAUAUUGUCUUUCUGUCAUCACAGGUCAGCAAUACAGCAUCCGAACAAUUUUUUUCCUUUUCUUUUUUUUUAAAAGACGUCAUAUGUAUUACAUAACAAACACCUGAAUUUGAUACUGCUAUGUAAUUAAAAGCAACUAUAUUUCUUACAGUUUGUUUCUUUCACUGUUUUAGAUGUUAUAUGUAUUUCUACUCAUUAAUGGCAAAAUGUCUUACGUCAUAUUUUUUGAUGGACAAUGAUAUUUCUUAUAUUGAAACAGAGCAGUUUGUGUUGAGGUACACAGCCAUACAUACAUACAGUGCAUUCAUAACCCACGGUCUUCAUAAUUUGUUCUAACGCUUAACUCUCUCUUCAUUGACUUUAAUGUAUGGUCAUCAUACUUACACUUUGUACAGUACGAGGCUGUAUGUCUGUGUCCAUAAUCCUUUCUGUGAAAGGAUCUCCUAAAACCGAAAGUUUAUUUGUCACACUAAAGUUUGAAAAGAAAAAAAAGAUUUGUUAUAAUGAAGUCUGGUCCGUGCCUUCCUGGUACUAACACCCUCAAUAUCCAAUAAAAAGGUACAUUUAUCUACCGGA